AUGGUUUUGAUUGCAGCCGGACAGAUGUGUUCUGGCGCAGAUUUAGCCAUUAAUGGUAGAGCUGCUGCUAGGCUGGCCGAAAAGGCUGCUCAUAUGGGAUGUAAAGCGUUGUUUCUUCCGGAGGCUGCUGACUACGUUGCACGUAAUGCAACACACUCCAAGUCACUUUGUAUGCCCUCGGAAUCAUCGCCAUUUGUUUUGACUUUACAGAGUAAGAUAAGAGAACUGAAGGCUUUAGGGAGACCUUUGUGCGUGUGUGUGGGGGUUCACGAACCAGCUAAUGAUGCCAGAGGAAGAGUCAAAAAUACGUUACUGUGGCUCAAUAGUCAUGGGGAUAUUGCACAAAGGUAUCAAAAGUUGCAUUUGUUUGAUGUGGCUUUAGAAGAUGGACGUUCCUUACGUGAAAGUGAUUCGGUACAACCAGGUGCCAACCUGAUUCCACCUUUCAAUUCCCCAGUGGGCAAAGUUGGCUUGGCUAUUUGUUAUGAUAUUAGGUUUCCUGAGUUGUCCUUGAGACUUCGUGCCCUUGGGGCUCAACUGCUAGCGUUCCCUUCAGCCUUUACCAUGCGUACUGGUGCCGCACACUGGGAAUUGUUGGGAAGAGCUAGAGCUGUUGACACACAAUGUUAUGUGGUAAUGGCUGCUCAAGCUGGGCGUCAUGGCACUGGAGAGAGUGUAGGACUCACAGGCGAGGCUCCUGCCUUACCUCGUGAAUCGUAUGGUCAUGCAAUGAUUGUUGAUCCGUGGGGAUCAAUUCUUGCCCAGUGUUCUGACGUAGGCCGUGGAACAGAGGAUAUUUGUAUAGCAGAUAUUGAUUUGGAUAGACUGGACACGGUUAGACGGGAUAUGCCUUUGUGGGAACAACGGAGAUCUGAUGUCUUUGGCAAUUGCUAG